UACAUUCUUAUAUACCCAUAGUAAUUAUUAAUGAAAAAUUUUGCAAUUACUCUAAUUCAUUAACUAAAGGGAGUUCCAACAAUUAACAAGGAAUUAACGAAUAUUUUACAAAAAAAAAAACAUUCCAGUUAUAUUAAUUAGAAACAAAUAAAAAAUGGCCAAAACCCGUGUUUAUGUUGUUGGUGUCGGUAUGACCAAGUUUGAAAAACCUGGUCGCCGGCAAGAUGUCUGUUAUCCCGAUAUGGCCAAGGAGGCCAUAACCAAGGCUUUGGCUGAUGCCAAAAUCACCUAUAAUGAAAUUCAACAAGCCACAGUCGGUUAUGUUUAUGGUGAUUCCACCUGUGGACAACGUGCCCUCUACGAAGUAGGCAUGACCGGUAUACCAGUAUACAAUGUCAACAAUAACUGCUCUACCGGUUCCAGUGCAUUAUAUUUGGGUAAACAAAUUAUUGAAUCCGGUAAUGCUGAUUGUGUUUUAGCUUUGGGUUUUGAAAAAAUGGAACGUGGUUCCCUAUCAGCUAAGUAUUUUGAUCGUGCCAAUCCUAUGGAACGUCAUAUUACCGAAAUGGCAGAAUUAACUGAAAUCGGCACUGGUCCAAUGGCUGCUCAAAUUUUCGGUAAUGCUGGCUUAGAGCAUAUGAGAAAAUAUGGCAGUAAACCAGAACAUUUUGGUAAAAUUGCAUGGAAAAAUCAUAAACAUUCUGUAAAUAAUCCCUAUUCGCAAUUCCGCGAUGAAUACACAUUGGAACAAAUUAUGAAAUCACCCACCGUUGUAGAAGGUGUCCUCACUAAAUUACAGUGCUGUCCCACCUCUGAUGGUUCGGGUGCAGCUAUUUUAGCUUCUGAAGCCUUUGUACGCAGACAUGGUUUAGAAUCACAAGCUGUUGAAAUUGUUGGCAUGGAAAUGGCAUCGGAUCCCGAGUCAACCUUUAAGGAUAAGUCUCUUAUGAAAAUUGCCGGUUAUGAUAUGACCAAAUUGGCUGCUUCUCGUCUAUUUGCCAAAUCCGGUUAUAAACCUACUGAUGUACAAGUUGUCGAAUUGCAUGAUUGUUUCUCUGCCAACGAAUUGAUUACAUACGAGGCAUUGGGUUUGUGUCCAGAGGGUGGUGCCGCUGAGCUUAUUGAUCGUGGUGAUAAUACCUAUGGUGGUAAAUAUGUUAUCAAUCCCAGUGGUGGUCUUAUCUCUAAGGGUCAUCCUUUGGGUGCUACUGGUUUGGCUCAGUGCGCUGAAUUAUGCUGGCAAUUGCGAGGCUUGGCUGAGAAACGUCAAGUUAAAGAUGUUAAAUUGGCUUUACAACACAACUUGGGUUUGGGCGGUGCUGUUGUGGUUUCCCUCUAUCGCUUAGGUUUCCCUGCUGCUGCUGGUGUUAAAUACAAUUUAACUUCUGCCACUAAUGUUGAUGGUUUCAAAGUGGCUCCUUUAAUGAAACUCCUAGAAGAAGCCAUGCAAGAAGAUCAAGAUAACCUUAUUGAAAAAGUUCGUGCUAUUUAUGGUUUUAAGGUGACAAAUGGUCCCAAUGGACAAACUGCUUACUGGACUAUUAACGCUAAAGUAGGCAAGGGCAAAAUUACCUUAAAUGGCAAAGAAAAAUGUGAUGUUACUUUCAUUAUCAGCGAUGAAGAUGUCACCGACUUAAUGACUGGCAAACUCCCUCCCCAGAAAGCUUUCUUCCAAGGCAAAAUCAAGAUUCAAGGUAAUAUGGGUGCUGCUAUGAAGUUAAUGGAUCUUCAACGUAAUACCGCUGGUCGCAUUGAAGCUUUGCGUGCCAAGUUGUAAAGUGUUUUUAAAGUUUAUUAUUUUUUGUUUAAUUUGCGGAGGAGGAUGUACAUUUAUAUUUUUUAUAUACGAUAAAUUGUUAAAAUUAUUUUACUUUAUUUUAUGGUAAUAAAAUUUUUUAUAAUUCUAA